AUGAUGAACAAGGCGGAAGAGACACAUUGCCUCAUUGGACCCAACCCUGCCGUGGUGCCAGUCGACGAGGAUGAGGAUGAGGAGGAGGCACGGCGACCGUGGGGGUGGCUGCCGCUCGCCUCCGUACUCUUUCCUCGACCGGAUCCUGGUCCCGUCCGUGCCGGCGUGCCGCUGGACACCCUACAACUGCAGAGGUUUGAUGACAGUCCGACGGUGCUGGGGCGCUUGGAAAGGUUAGCUCGCGAUAGCAAGAUUGUGCUGGAAUGCCUUGGGUGGUACAACAGUAUGCAUCCGGGUGAGGAGUAUGAACCUGCUCCUGGUAUGGUGAUUGACGGAAGCGGACUUGACAGGGGCAUGUGCUGGACUCAUGGCAACUUCGUGGCACGUCGGAAGCUCUCUGGCUGCUUGUCCUUCCCACCCGCUCCUCCAACGCUGUUCUUUUUUGAACUCGCUAGAGGAAAGAAUAUCAAUAAAGUUGUCACAUGCACCCCUCUAGAUGAACCAGUUACUGAAACCUCCUACAAUGUCCUUGGUUUCCACGUUGGGUGGGGGGGUCGUCGUCAUGGUGGCUCGGACUGCAUUUGCAAGACAUGCUACCGCCAACACCCUUAUGAUUUGAGUACAUGCGUAUGUGAAGAUAGCAAGGUGGAGCCAGUAUGUGACAUGUGCUACCCUCGCUUCGGUGUCAUUCAUCCAAUCCAAGGAGGGUUCGAGUUGGGCUAUAACACUAAACUUGAGCGUGAUUUUUUUCGCCCCCAUAAAAAACAAACUUCUAAUUCAGCACCCAUGAUGCUUGAGGCUAUCUGCUAGUAGAACUAUGUAUUUGCCAGUUUGAAUGCCAUGCAUUUUAUUUUUAUCGCUUCACUGUUACAUC